GUUUACGGCCACACCCGGCCACACAAAUUUGUCUUCGCUGUAAUAAUACGGUUAUGGUCAGACCGCAGUGAAUCAUUCUCUUUAGUUUGUUCCGUUAUGGGAACUGACUUCAACACCAUCGUACUGUGUGUUAGUUUUAAGAUACUUUUACAACCGAACAAAGUACCUGUGUGUGAUCUAAGGCAUUGUUUUAAACCUACCUUGGCUGUCUGGCACAGAAGGUUUACCUUAGGAAAUCUUGGAGUGGAUAUGUGUGUGUAAACACUGGAUUCAAUUAAACGUUUAAACCCUUCAGGGAAGCGAUAAUGAAACGUUAGAGUUUGAAGAUAUUUCUUUUGGCCAAAGAAUUUCCAGUUUAGAAAUUUUUUUUAUAAAGAUCCCUGUUCACGACAGGGGGUGUGAGUUGUAUAUUUGGUCGUUUAGAAGCAAACUCUUCGCAUCAAUUUCAUUCUUUUUGGAUACACGUAGAGGCAAUAACAGAUUUUUUUUAACAGCGGACUACAGUUAUAGAAACGUUUCUGAAGUGCAAGGACUCUCAAGUUUUGUUCAACAAUGUCGGCGCGUGGAUUGAAGAUUGUCUUUUGUCUGAUCAAUGUUUUAUUAAUGGUAGGUACAAUGGACUUUGUGUUUUAUGUAAUCAAAGUGUUGUUAAUGGUAGGUAAAAUGCACUUUGUGGUGUUAUCAAUGGUAGGUACAAUGAUCUUUGUGUUUUAUGCAGUCAAUGUCUUGUAAUCCGUACCCUUAUAUCGACCAACUUCUUUUAAUAUUUGAGGACACCGCUUGCAAAAAUCUGAAAAAUAACUUUUUAAAAUUUUAUUUUGAGAAAAAUAUGUUUUUGUAAACUAACUUUAUAUGGUGAAUAUGGCGUGGAUGUUUUGGUUAUUGGGACAUUUCAGACGUAAAUGUUGCUUGUGAUUCAUUAUAUACAUCAAAUACUGAAGAAUGGCCCUUAACAAACAUUCCAAAAUGGAUAAAUAAUUUUUAAAAAAAUUUAAGUGACUUUGCAAGACAUUCCCCCCCACCCCCCCACCCAUUUUUUGUUCAUAACGCGGAAAGUCCCAAUGUUUCCUUGUAAAAUGAUCAAUGUUUAAUCACACUUUAGUCUCUUACAAUGAUAUUCAGUUUAAAAUUGCGUGGAAUGUCAUAUACGAACAAAUUAAUCAAAUUUAAUUUAAUUUAAAUCGAAUUUAUUUACAGUGCCGUUACUACAGCGUUCAUAUCCAUAAAUAUUGCUCCCUCUUCGACCCCCCCCCUUUUUUUUUCACCCCACUCUGCGGAUGACCUUUGGGUACUUACCGACGGACAAGUCCAUGUGAAUCCGCCUGGCCUCUUAAACAAGCUUUAAAAAUUGAAACAUCUUAAACACUGGAGCCCAAUGACACCUGUAAACUCUCUCAGCCGCAUGAGCAGUGACCCUUGGCCACCGUUAAUAAAAAAGGAUUGGGUUCCUAAGUGUUAGAAAAUUCUCUUAGACCGGCUUGUAAAUAGUCUUAAAAGAAAUCAUGGGGGGAGUGGGGGGUGAUCAAUCGCUUGGUCCAGUGUAGAAAAAGACUUAAAAGAAGAAAAGAUCGGUGGAAAAAAAUAAAUCCACUUCUCUGACUGUUACGUGAACUUUAACCUUUGCUUCCACAGAUGAUCGGCAUGGUCCUGGUGGGCCUGGGCAUCUGGGUUGUGUCUGACGGUGACGGCGUCCUACAGCUGGCCAGGCUUGGCUACGACGGCAACUAUGACGAGGUCUCGAAAGCAGGUCAGUAAUGUCACUAAAAGACCCCCGGGUUCUGUCAUGAGAUGCUCAGAGACAUGUCUGGCACCGGUCUCAACACUACACAUCCUCAUUUCGGUAAUUCCCUCGUGUUAAUCUGUUCCCAGGUCUACUUGAGGUCGCCUCGUCGAUAGCCAUUGUGGAGGGAUCCAUCAUGAUACUUCUUGCAGUGCUCGCCUUCUGUGGGGUAGGACAGGAGUCCAAAUGUUUCCUGGCUUUGGUAUGUUUAGAGCAGGGUGCAUUACAAAUGGAGUAACGACUACUCACUUCAAUUUCAUUACUUUCACACAACACACACACACAGUUUGUGUCAAAAAUUGAUUUAAAAAAAUAUAUAUAUAAUGUAAUUGUUUGGCACUCUAGCCAUUGCUGGCAUGAUCGCUCAGCUGCUUUACCAAGCACAUCACAUUGCUGGCAUGAUCGCUCAGCUGCUUUACCAAGCACAUCACAUUGCUGGCAUGAUCGCUCAGCUGCUUUACCAAGCACAUCACAUUGCUGGCAUGAUCGCUCAGCUGCUUUACCAAGCACAUCACAUUGCUGGCAUGAUCGCUCAGCUGCUUUACCAAGCACAUCACAUUGCUGGCAUGAUCGCUCAGCUGCUUUACCAAGCACAUCACAUUGCUGGCAUGAUCGCUCAGCUACUUUACCAAGCAUAUCAAAACUUAAUACGUUUGUAAGUUUUCUCUGAGGUAAAGAAACGAACUUAAAUAGAUCUGCUAGCCACGUUCCAACCACUUUGUCGGUUAACUUUCGAUUGAUGAAUAACUAUUACGAAAGUCCACUUGUAUUUCGCUGUCCUGUCUGUCAACUGGGAUAUUGGACUAAUUCAUAGCUUUGUUUUACUGACUAUCCUUGAUUUUCUAUCCACAGUACGCUGGGAUAUUGGCUGUCCUAAUUCUGUUGCAAGUCGUGAUCAUUGUCCUCACGUCCAUAAUGAGAGUCAGGGUAAGGACGUGUCUCUUUAUAAAAAAAAAGAAAUACUUAAAAGAUAACUGAGGGGGAAGUGGGGGAGGGGGCGACUGACGGACAAUAACAGGUACAGCAGGCUACUGUGAAUGUGCACUGUACACAUAAAUACACUUCAAGAUGGAAGAUUAUUCAGGCAUGGCAUAGAGGAGUGACACCGUAUACAGAAAUAAACUUUAAGACGGAAGUUAUUCAGGCAUGUCAUGGGGGAGUGACUUCGUAUGCAGAAAGUAACACGGUGAGACACACACACACAAUGAAACAUGUUGAAAAAAACAACAUUUUUUUUAACAAUUAAGUGCCACCAACAUAAAAUGACAAAGUAGGGUAUCUUUUUGUUCGUAUACAUCUGCCCAUAUACUCCCACCAGUACCCACCACUACACACCACAACCCACCCAAAAACUUCUACUCCAUUUUUAUAAAACAGCGACACAAUUUUUUUUUUAAAUCCCACUGGCUGUCAGUGUCAUUAAGUAACCGACUGCCUGUCAGUACCAUUAAUAAACCACCUGCCUGUCAGUGCCAUUAAGAAACCGACUGCCCGUCACCGCCAUUAAGAAACCGACUGUCUCUCAUUGUCAUUAUGAAACAGACCGUCUGUCAUUGUCAUUAAGAAACAGACUGUCUGUCAGUGCCAUUAAGAAAUCGACUGUCUGUCAGUGUCAUUAAGAAACCGACUGUCUGUCAGUGCCAUUAAGAAACCGACUGCCUGUUAGUACCAUUAAGAAACUGACUGCCUGUCAGUUCCAUCAUGAAAAAGAUGCCUGUCAUUGCCAUUAUGAAGAAUUCAGUCAUUCGAUGUAGAACAAAAUAAAUUUUCCGACAAACAUCAAAUAAAGCACAUUUUUUAAAUAAACCGUGCAAUUAUAAUGUAAUGCCAGAGUAUCCAACUUUAUAAGUCCUUAAACUUGACAUCAUUAUCUCUUGACCAUCGUAUUAUUGCAUUGAAACAGUGUACGCACAUGAAAUUUACUUUAGGGGAAAAGCAGAGAUGACAUCAUUAUGUCAACAGUAAUAAAUGUGAGCUGUGGUGAGUUUGAGGGAAAGUUGUCAAACGAGUAUGUUUGUACAAGGAGGGCAGGUAAAUCACCUGAAGACGCAGGUAGAAUAAGUAUGUGUACUUAUAUAUUAUACUUAAAUAUAAACACUGUUCCAUCCCAUCCUUGCACCCAUUGGCGAGAGUACUAUGCUAAUAUCUUUUUUUUAAAAUACUUUUUCUACAUCCCGUCUCAUCAACAUAUGAAGUUAUGUAGAUUGGUUUCUUGUAUGUCAAUAGACACUCGCUAUGUUGCAUAAAUAAUAUGUCAACCGGAUCCGUUUCCAUGAAGGGAAAAAAAACCAACUAAAAGUUUCUUUGCAAGUUCGUUGUUUUUUUUUUUUUCUUUUAAAGAGUGAAAAUAUUUAUGCAUACAUAGAUAUAUAAGUGUAUCUGUUCGGUGCGAUGUGCAGACUACGGGCAUGACUUAUAAAAGUAAAUGUUCGCUACUUAAAUGGACGCAGCGUCAGGGCGCCUACUGAGGUCUCCAGCGCCCUCCUACUAUCUAUAAAUCGGCUCCCGAGUCCUUUAUUCAGGUGCACAUAUUAUUUAUCUGCUACUGUCUUUUAAAACAACAUAGUUUUAAGACAUUAGGGGGUCGUCCAUUAAUUACGUCAGCAAUCUUUAAACAAUUUUUGACCCCCCCCCCCCCCGUCUGUCAACAACUGUCAAACUUUCAAUGACCCCCCUAUUUAAUUAUGUCAACAUUUUCUAACCCCUCCCCCACCCAAAAAAAUAAGGAAUUAUAUUAUAAAUAAAUUUAUAAAUACAUUUUACUUUUUGCUGAUCUAUUUUAAUGACAAUCAAAUUGUAGGAAAAGCAUUUCAUUACAUCUUUAGUUUGUUAAUCAACAAUUUAAAAAGUUUUUACACUUAAAUUUUAUUAGGCAGAAUCAAUUGAAAUGUUGUUAAAGACUAAAUAUAAUUUUUAUUGGUAUAAAUAUGAUUGUUGUCAGUAAAGCUGACAAUUAAAGUAUAGUUUCUAGCUGAUACCAUCUUCCCAAGAAGUAGCCAGGUUUGCUCUAUCGUAACAAUGGGCAUCAGUCACAUCAUUUGGGUAGGGCAGGGGGACAUUUGCCCCCACCCUCUAAUUUGCAGGUUUUAUUUAAAUUGCUAUGCGCUGUGGCGCCUCCAGUUAUACACAAUUUAACAAGCCGACCAAGUUUUUGUUGUGCCCCCACCCCACCCCUGAAAAAAAAUUAAAUGACGCCCCUGGUGGGCAUAGUCUAUAGCAGCUGAUUGAUCAUGUUCAUCUUGUGAUAUACCAGACCAGUCAACAGCAUCGUUAUCUAACGUUUCAGCUUUUAAAAUAGAAGCAUUUUUGGUGUGAGCACUAAUUGCCAUAAGCUCUCUACAUCGCCUUGCAGCUACUCACAUUGGUCGAAUCCUUUUUUGUUGAGGAGCAGGUGCUAAUUUCUUAUGCCCAAAUGAGCAUUUUCGGUUCUGUUGAACAUGAUUUUUCAACAUAAAAUGACUUGUGAUGCAAAAUAGAUGUUACAGAUUUUGCAAAUCUGUUUCAUCAACGAUGUUAUUAUUGUUACUCACUUUACUUUUCCUAAUUCUCAAAAUAUCGAAUUCCCACUCUAUCAAUUUCAUUUAUCUUGACUGCGCGCGACACUUGAACCUUGGCCCUGUUCCAUACCUGCAACUGAAUCUACAGGACUACAGGUGAAGAGAGGCCAACUUUAGACUUCUAUUGCACUAACAAAGUGUGCUAACAUUCUGACCAGCCAUCUGCAGUACACAGACAAACGCACAUUAAAUAUAUCAUAUAUUGUUAAAAGCCUAAAUAUAUAUGAUUAUUUACACUUAUUUACACUUAAAAUUUUUUUUUAAACAUGGAGAUAACAAGUCAAUUUUUAAGAUUAAAAUUUUAAUAGAGAAAACAUGAUUGUUGACGUCAACUUAUCUAACCCCCCCCCCUCCCCCUUGUCAACAACUGUCAAACAUUUCCAAAUCCACUCCCCCCCCCUCUAAAACAACUGCAUUAAUUACAACCCCCCUUGUGCCUACGCCUUAAAAAAAAUAAUUAAUUAAUGUGUUUUAAAAAUCGUACCAUUGUAACCCUUGACCCUAAAAUACACAGGCGAAAUACGAAUAUAUUUAAUAUCACCGUGCACGCUCAAGAAAAUACGUGCCCUACUAUUCGAUGCCACCAUGACAGUGGAUAAUUAAUUCUUAAUAUCUAAUGCAAUGUUGUUGUUUUUGUUGUUCAUGACAGGUGCACGACAAUCUAAGACAAGCUCUCAAGGAAAGCAUUAAAACAGAGUACGAAGGUUUCACAGACUCAAAGAAGAAAUUCUCUUUGGCCAUGGACAGAGCUCAAGUGCUGGUGAGUAGCGCCUGAAUAGGAUUUUCUGUGUUCGCGUGAAUACGAUUUUCUUAGGUUCGCGUGAAUAUUAUUUUCUGAGGUUGGCGUGAGUAUCGUUUUCUGAGGUUGGCGUGAGUAUCAUUUUCUGAGGUUGGCGUGAGUAUCAUUUUCUGAGGUUGGCGUGAGUAUCAUUUUCUGAGGUUGGCGUGAGUAUCAUUUUCUGAGGUUGGCGUGAGUAUCAUUUUCUGAAGUUGGCGUGAGUAUCAUUUUCUGAGGUUGGCGUGAGUAUCUUUUUCUGCGGUUGGCGUGAGUAUCAUUUUCUGCGGUUGGCGUGAGUAUCAUUUUCUGAGGUUGCGAUUUUAAAAAAAAUGCAUUUUGUGUUUUGUUUUGUUUUAUUAGAGAUAAUGGAUCAGCUUUGCCAGUGUUUGUUGGACGGGGCGCACACAGAUAACAGUUGAACUAAGCCAGCUGACCGUAUAUUAUGUUUGUUGGACGGGGCGCACAUAGAUAACAGUUGAACUAAGCCAGCUGACCGUAUAUUAUGUUUGUUGGACGGGGCGCACAUAGAUAACAGUUGAACUAAGCCAGCUGACCGUAUAUUAUGUUUGUUGGACGGGGCGCACAAAGAUAACAGUUGAACUAAGCCAGCUGACCGUAUAUUAUGUUUGUUGGACGGGGCGCACAAAGAUAACAGUUGAACUAAGCCAGCUGACCGUCUAUUAUAUAGGACACUGAAAUACUCUUAGUGAGUCCAAAUCAUUUAUAAGCGUCCGUCGUAAGCCCUAGCUCAAUAAAGCUUGGCUUUAGAUUCCAGCGUGCAAACUUUUGAUAUGACUAAACCAGACCAGGAUACGUGAAAGGGGAGCUCUUUAUCUAGUUCCUCAGAUUUGUUCUACAACACUGAGCUGAUAUUUGGAUUCUUUUUUUACAAAAAUACCAUAAAAUCUAUUUUUCAGGUAGCCCCUACCCCUCGUCUAACCUAAAAUUUUCCCCUAUACACUUUAACAGUUUUCCCAUUAAAAUCUAAUAUUUUGUCCCCAUAUUCCUACAGUUUUCCUGUUGUGGUGUCGACAGCUACAACGAGUUCAAUGCAACGGCGACCAACUGGAAAGAUAGAACGUCUUUAAAGGUAUACCAUCAACGUGCGCCGAUGACCCCGAUGUUCGAUCCACCGUGAUCAGUUCAUGUCAGAUGUGUGUUCGAAACCACGGUGUCCUGAUGGCGACUCCACCUCCCCCCCUCCACACACUUCCAUGUCGUCCACGGGAUGAACACUAACGAGUGUUUAUCAUUGAAUACACAAGUAUAGCCUAAAUAUAGUACUGGCUGUAGCCUCCUGUGUGCAUGGCCAUGUCAAGCAUAAGUAACAAAGACUGACAUUUGGUUGGAAGUUCUGCCGAGGUAUAGUGUCCUGAGGGAACCCACUCUGGACAUGAGCAUGUCUUAUAGCCCCCUAUAUUCUGUGACUAAACAAAAUUUAUACAUUUUCUGUGAUGCUCUAUCCACUGGGGCCCACUCCGGACAUGGGCAUGUCUUCUUACCCUUAUAUUCUGUGACUUAACAAAAUAUAUACAUUUACUGUGAUGCUCUAUCCAUUGGAGGCGGGUGGAGAGGCAAGGUGGCAAACAAGUCCAGGCUUGAUGUUACAACUCUAUCUGUUUACGAUGAUUAUUUACAUAGCUAUGGGUACAUCUAUCUGUGGUGCAUAGAGCUUGAUGUUACAACUCUAUCUGUUUACGAUGAUUAUUUACAUAGCUAUGGGUACAUCUAUCUGUGGUGCAUAGAGCCCAAAAAUAGACAUUAAUUCGACCCUCAGUGUAUAAUAAAAUAGAGGUUUGGGGGAGAGGGGGCAUAAUUGGAGAGGGGGCAUAAUUUGAGAGGGGGCAUAAUUUUAAGAAAUCCAACAGCUAAUGUUAUUUUAUUCAUCAAUCCCUUUUUUGUGAACAUUUCUCCGUGAAUUUGGAUUUGAGUAUAUUAUUAUAUCCAUACCUUAUCCACAGAUUCCCAAGACGUGCUGUAAGCUGGACAGGGAAAAGUACCUGGACAAUACAGAAUUCGUUUUUGUCAACAAAACGUGUGCCAGGAUACUUAACCCUAAAUUCUCCAACAUUGACAAGGUACACGAAAAUGCUAAUACAUCUCAUUGGGAAAUGGCGUCGGUGGGCCGUCGAGCGCGAGCUCAUAAUACCUCCCCCGGCACCCCCCCUCCCCGACACGGGCCAGACGCCGGGUCUCCCCGCCACCAGGCCAUGCGGUGGCAUGCUGGGAACCUCCCCAGUGGCCUGAGGGACGUCCGGACGAGCGAAAACGCUGCCUUUAAAGCGUUCGCAGCCGACUUUCCCGUGGCUUGGGUGGGUUUGCUUCCCCUCCGGAGGAAUGGCGUUGCGUUGCCACCCCCACCACCCAUGGAGUCUUUCGGUCGGGACGAAAGCUGGGACGAAACGGUCGCCUAGGAGCGGCUUUCUCACGGUCGCGUAGCUAAAAUCAUCGGCAUGGGUUUUAACCGCCAACCAAACCUCAUAUCCCAUAACGGCCACAAGUAAUCAUGUCACCACGUUACUACACCCGUUGCGUUGGUAGUCAUGCGGUUGGUCGGGGUUUUUUAGCUUCGGAAGAAUAGUUCCUCCCUACUAGUCCGCCACGCCACUGAGAGGCAAAACCCCAUGUGGACGUCCCAAAGUUUCCUUGGAGACGCGCAGAUGGAUACGAAAAUACUAAAAGAUUCUGUUUGUUUGUUCCGAUGUAUGAACUCUUAAGCGGCACCCCGUCACAUUCAAAGAACAUCGACUUCGUAUUGUGGGUCUCCCCGCGGCCCACCCACACGCCAACCACUUAUCCCGGCCAACCCACACACCUACCACUUGUCCCGGCUAACCCACACGCCAACCACUUAUCCCGGCCCACCCACACGCCAACCACUUAUCCCGGCCCACCCACACGCCAACCACUUAUCCGGGCCCACCCACACGCCACCACACGCCAACCACUAAUCCCGGCCAACCCACACACCUACCACUUAUCCCGGCUAACCCACACGCCAACCACUUAUCCCGGCCCACCCACACGCCAACCACUUAUCCCGGCCCACCCACACGCCAACCACUUAUCCAGGCCCACCCACACGCCAAUCACUUAUUCCGGCCCACCCACACACCAACCACUUAUCCCGGCCAACCCACACACCAACCACUUAUUUCUUCCUUUAGAAUAGAAGUUUUAUCUCUGUACCACAAAAAUAUACCUUUGUUGGCUCGGUUUUUAUCGGGUUUAUACCAGUUUAUAUGGGGUUUAUGUCAUGUUUAUAUCGGGUUUAUACCGGGUUUAUAGUGGGUUUAUACAGGUUUACACUGGUUUUAUACCAGGUUUAUAUUGGAUUUUUACCAGUUUAUAUCGGGUUUAUGUCAUGUUUAUAUAGGGUUUAUAACCAGGUUUAUAGUGGGUUUAUACAGUUUUACAUUGGUUUUAUACCAGGUUUAUAUUGGAUUUAUAACAGGUUUAUAUGGGGUUUAUACAAGGUUUAUAUAGGGUUUAUACCAGGCUUAUGUUGGGUUUACACUAGUUUAUAUGGGUUUAUACCGGGUUUAUAUCGGUUUUAUACCAGGUUUAUAUCGGGAUUAUACCAGAUUUAGAUCAAGUUUAUAUCUGGUUUAAACUUGGUUUAUAUCGGGUUUCUACGAGGUUUAUAUCGGGUUUAUACCAGGUUUAUAUCGGGUUUAUACCAGGUUUAUAUCGGGUUUAUACCAGGUUUAUAUCGGGUUUAUACCAGGUUUAUAUCGGGUUUAUAUUCCGUUUAUAUCGGGUUUAUACCAGGUUCAUAUCGGGUUUAUACCAGGUUCAUAUCGGGUUUAUACCAGGUUCAUAUCGGGUUUAUACCAGGUUCAUAUCGGGUUUAUACCAGGUUUAUAUCGGGUUUAUAUCUCGUUUAUAUCGGGUUUAUACCAGGUUCAUAUCGGGUUUAUACCAGGUUUAUAUCGGGUUUAUAUCUCGUUUAUAUCGGGUUUAUACCAGGUUCAUAUCGGGUUUAUACCAGGUUCAUAUCGGGUUUAUACCAGGUUCAUAUCGGGCUUAUAUACCUGUUUUGAUGUUUAUUUCAUAUACUAUAAGUAAUGUAGCCAACAUUAACACAUAAUGUAGGUACAAUGUGCGUAAAAUAAAACCUAUUGUGAGGCAAGCUGGACUCGUUCAGGUUUCAAGUUAAAAAAAUGCCACGUAGAUGUCAGUACUCUCAAGCAGAGCCCUGCUGAAAAAAGGGGGGAGGGGAGGGCGCUUACCUGGGCGCCAAAACCAGGGGAGGACGGGUGCCAAGGGCGUCUUUAGAUAGAACCUUAAAGAGAGAAUUAAAUAGUAAAAUUCCUUUACCUCAAAAAGGCAAUGGGCACCAAAAUCUUAUCUAUUUCUGAUCCUCCCUGGGUGGCACCUUUUAUAUAUAUAUAUAUAUAUAUAUAUAUAUAUAUUGUUAGGCACCAUUUUCAGGCUCCAGUCUGGGUGCCGAAUUUUCUCGGGAUGGCCCUGCUUUCACGUACAUAAUUCAGUUAUAUAUUUUUUUUUCAAAUUUGUAUUGGUGAUGAAACUGUUGAGAAAUGUUUAUAGUUGUUCUUGCACAUGUUUAUUGUCCUUUGUUUUAGCUAUAAGCCUCCAUAUCUAUAUUAAAAUUGUAUUUGUUUUAAAAUCUGCACUGUUCUAUCUAUAUUUACAUUGUCUUUUAUUGUAGCUGCAAGUCCCUCUAUACAUUUAAAUUGUCCUUUAUUUUAGCUCCAAGCCUCUCUCUACAUUUAAAUUGUCCUUCGUUUUAUCUCCAAGCCUCUAUCUAUAUUUAAUCUAACCUGGGUCAUUCUGUAACACCCGUCCCUCCAACCACCACUACCAUCACUAUGAAGCUCUGAAUGAUCCUAUUGAGAAAACAUCCCCUGUUUUCCUUUCUGCCAGGCUUGUCACGGCGACAUCCAGCAAUGGCUGGACGACAGAGUCGUGGCGACUCUCGCCUUAACAGUCGUGUUUGCUGGAAUACAGGUAAGCUAUGCCAACAGAUACUACUUACCAGCUAAGUGCUAUUUCUUAUUUUUAUUUUUAUACCGUUUUUUUUUUCUGUUGUUUUGUUCGCUGACGAAGGCUUUCUGCCGAGACGUUCGUUGUUUUGUUGCGUUUAUUUUUUUAGGUUUAACCCUACUCUGUUUUACUCAUUUUAAGCUAUGCCCGCAGUUUUUUUUUUAAAUGCUACAGUCAUGCAAUGCUAAAAUCGCGUUUGCUUUGAUACGGGUUAGCUAUGUCCGCAGUGUUUAACAUGCAAUGAUCUGAGUGCUGUGAAUCGUCAAAAUUUCAAUGGUGGUCAUUGUACAGCUGGCAAAAAAUGUUGGUUAAACAAGUUAAGAAUUUUUUUUUUCUUACAUGAAAUCUAGCCCGGUGCUCCUCAAACUUUUCAUGUGGCGGACCGACCAGAUUUUUAUCGCUUUAGGGGGCAAGCAACGGUGGCUUAAAUCAGGUUAUUUCAGUUUUUGUUCUCGAAGUAUCCAGUUAUGCCAACCGGCGACUAAGUGCACGUGGACCAUGUUGGUCUGCGGGGCAUCACCUUGAUUUGCAUUGGUGUUAAGGCACAUUCCUUUCAAUGAUAUUGUUUAGAAUAUGUCCAUUAUGUGCUAACUAUAGGACUAUGUCUAUUCUAUGCUAACAAUUUAAGUAAAGAUACUAGUAAUACUAGGGUUUGAUUCCUGCCAUAUAAAAAAAAAAUGAAUAGUUAAGUUAAAGUAAAUGUGUCCACCAUGAAAUGUGUCCACCAUGCUGAAAUGCCAAACCUAAAAAUAUCGUCUAUUCAACUUAGUGAUAAUUAAAAGUCAAACGCUUGCUUAAAUGUGUGUUUCUGUGUGUACUUCGAGUCGUGUUUGUUUGUGUAUUUCUCUGUGUGUUUCUGUGCGUACUUCUGCAUGUGUUUAUUAGUGUUCUCUGGUUAUAUUUAUGUGUGUACUUCUACUUCUAGGUGUGUUUCCGUGUGUACUCAUGUAUGUGUUUCUGUGUACUUCUGGGUGUUUCUGUGUACUUCUGGGUGUUUCUGUGUACUUCUGGGUGUUUCUGUGUACUUCUGGGUGUGUUUAUGUAUGUACUUCUGGGUGAUUAUGUUUGUACUUCUGGUCUUGUUACUGUGUGUACUUCUGGGUGUUUGUGUGUGUACUUCUGGGUGUGUUUGUGUGUGUACUUCUGGAUGUGUUUCUGUGUGUACUUCUGGGUGUGUUUGUGUAGGACAGUGUAACACUUUUAACGUGUAUAAAUUGAAGUUAUUCAAUUAAAUGUUUAGCUACACCGUUCGUUAUUUCUCUUUUUUCCUCCAGAUUUUCGGAGCCAUCUUUGCCUGUUGUAUAGUGAGGGCACUGAGGUACAAGUAAGCUGCCGCGUGGGUGUUGGUUGGGACUGUCUGUCAGUAGAACUUUAAGAGAUCUCACUGGUUCAAUAAAUAUGUGUACCCAUGGUGGGGCAUUGGUAUGCCAGGUGUGAUAUGUUCUGAAUUUAAAAAAAAAUAAUAAUAUUAAGAUGUUAGACCUGGUGUCCUGCUCUAACACAAUGUGAAGGCCGCCACAAUUAUAAUGCGGUGACCCAAGGAUCUCCACACACCGACAUACUCAUGUUUGCGGACACACCCCCCACCCCCCUACACCUUCAAAAGGAAGAAAAGAUUCGCACGAAAGGCAAGUUCUAUCGGAGACAACUCCUGCAUUUGGACAGAAAUUAACAGACGAAACACGGUGUACUUCGACUUCUGUUGUUAGGUGGGGAAAGUAUUAUUGCUGUUUACCUCGUUGGCACAUGGCAUGCCAUCAAAAAAAAAAAACAUUUCUAGAGCUGAUGUCAAGCUGGUUAGAUGACUGAAUGACUAGAAUGCAUAGAUCUGAUUUAGUGCAGCAUGGAUGUCAAGUUAAUUUUUAGUUAAUUUUAAGUUAGUUAAUAUAAAAAAAUAUGUAUACGUUUCUAUCACAAUACUUUGAAUGUGUGGUGGUUAUGCACGAUCACAUCCUCGAUCACGGGCGGUCACAUUCUUGGUCUUACGUGGUCACAUUAUUACGAGGGAUUUAACUUGUAUUUAUUGGGUGAUGUUAUUUUUUUCUUUUCUUUAAAAUAAUUUUUAUUUAAUUUGUGCACAUUGACAUACGAAUGGCGACAAGCACGUCAUGCAUAUUUAAUGUUUGCAUAAAGACAAAUACAUUGUAUUAUGUAUGGCACGCAUAUUUGAUUUAGUCUUAUUGGUUGAUUGUUGGCAGGCUUUAGACUUCCUUGUUGCGUUUCUAAGAACCCAUGAAUGUAGCUAAUAAUAGCAGCAGUCCAGAAGUCAGUGAAUCAAACUUCUUGGCUGAAGUCAUGGCCACUUGGCAGACUUUUGUUUAUAAUAUGAAGUGACCAAGAAGUUGACCAUUGGGAUGACAUUAUAAUAUCGUUGAUAACAAAACUGAAUCCUUAUUACACUGUACCUCAAUCAUAAUUUGAUCCGUGUUUUUUUAAAUUUUUAUUCUUUAGAUUUCCUCCUUUUUAAAUAUUCCGGCAGCUGUAAUAUAACUGGUGAAAUUAAACUUAUUUAGCCCAGCAGGCAUUAUGUUUAAUCCCAUGCCAAGUUGGCUCCCAACUACCUUAUGGAAUUGCUUCAUAUAAAUGUAUAUCACAGCUGCCAUCUGGCUUAUUGUGUGAUGGCCAUUUCAAAGUUGUUACUUUAAUAUUAAAGACGCGGUCAGUAGACCAACAACAGUUUUACUAUGACAAAAAUGUCCUGAUCAAAGAUUUCACCGUCCCAAGCACCCAACGAUGGGUGCAGUAGAGCACCCAAAGAUGGGUGCAGUAGAGCACCCAAAGAUGGGUGCAGUAGAGCACCCAACGAUGGGUGCAGUAGAGCACCCAACGAUGGGUGCAGUAGAGCACCCAAUGAUGGGUGCAGUAGAAGUAUGAAAUGGGUUGAAUGAAGAAAAUGGUGCUGGGCAGAAAUUGUCUUCAAUUUUACCUCAUGGCAUGACAAAUCAGAAUCAGAUUUGUUAUAAAUGUUAUCAAAAUAAGUUCACGUCCUUAUUUCAUGUUGAACAACUGGAAUAAUAUUUUUUGCUUUGUUUACUAUUAACAUUCAGUUUAACAGGGACAUCAGGGUUGCCCAAACUUUCCCAACACAAUUCAACCGUCUGGCAACCCCCACACAAAAAAAAACCAAAAAAAAAAAAAAAAAAAAAAAAAAAAUCUGUUGCAGUGUAAACUUGUAAAUAAAAUGGACUUGCAAUUUUGUGAGGUAUUUAUGAUUUACAAGGGGAAUCUCUAGAAACUUAGUUUAUAAUAGAAACUUUUUGGAUAACUACAUCAUGGCUAAAUAUGUAUUUUGUAAAUAAUGUCAACAUUUUCAUGUCUAUCAAGCAACAUUACAUGAUUUUUCAGCCCACUAUUAUUAACUGAUUAUGAUUUCUGUUUUGCAUUAUUAUAAAUGAUUUCAUUAUUACAGAUGUAUAUUGUUUAUUACAAAUAAUUUAUUGUUGAUUAUAAUUGAUUGCAUCAAUAUUGAUGCAUAUUGUUUAUUAUAAGCGAUGGCACCACUACUGAACAUUGAGUAAGUGUGUCACACUUAUUGCCGUUAUAAUGCAGAUACAAAUUUCAUCUUUGAAAAUAAAUCGGGUAACUUCACACAA